GGGCGCAGCCGCGCGGGAGGCGGGGAGAGGCGGCGAAGGGCCACCGAGCAUCGCUCCGGAGCGGACGCGGCGGGCAGAAGUCUGGGAGGGAGCCGCGCCAUCCCCGGACCCCGGCGCAGGGCGACGGUGAUGCUGCAGAUCCGGCGGGAGCUCCGGCCGCCGCCGCUGUCCUCUCUGCUCCGGAGACCCCCAGCGCCCGCCUUCCGCAGGGGAGGCGACCAUGGCUCUAGCUCGUGACUUGCCUGCCGGUUGCUUCCCCUAGAAAGGGAUCCUGGAAAAAGUUGCCUUUUCCAAAAUCCUUGCGCUGACCUUUGGGGCUGUGGGGGCCGAAGCAGCGGUGCGUGCGUGUGCAAGCCAGAAAGAGACCAAAAGGUGUGUGUGUGUGCAUGGGGGGCCGGCCGUGCGGGCACCCUCGGCUGCCACUGCGCCCCGCGGUGUCCUCAGGCUCCGGCCCCCGCCCCCGCCCCCGGGACGCCGGGCUGCUAUGAGCCCCUGCGGGCGCGCGCGGCGACAGACGUCCCGAGGGGCCAUGGCCGUCCUGGGGUGGAAGUUCCCGCGCACCCGGCUGCCCGUGGGGGCCAGCGCCCUCUGCGUGGUGGUCCUCUGUUGGCUCUACGUCUUCCCUGUCUACCGGCUGCCCAACGAGAAGGAGAUCGUGCAGGGGGUGCUGCAGCAGGGCACGGCGUGGAGGAGGAACCAGACGGCCGCCCGGCUCUUCAGGAAACAAAUGGAAGACUGCUGCGACCCCGCCCAUCUCUUUGCUAUGACUAAAAUGAAUUCCCCCAUGGGGAAGAGCAUGUGGUAUGAUGGGGAGUUCUUAUACUCCUUCACCAUUGACAAUUCAACGUAUUCUCUCUUCCCUCAGGCAACCCCCUUCCAGCUGCCAUUGAAGAAAUGCGCGGUGGUGGGAAAUGGUGGGAUUCUGAAGAAGAGUGGCUGUGGCCGGCAAAUAGAUGCAGCAAAUUUUGUCAUGCGAUGCAACCUUCCUCCCUUGUCAAGUGAAUACACUAAAGACGUUGGAUCCAAAAGUCAUUUGGUGACAGCUAACCCCAGCAUAAUUCGGCAAAGGUUUCAGAACCUCCUCUGGUCCAGAAAGACAUUUGUGGACAACAUGAAAGUCUACAACCACAGUUACAUCUACAUGCCUGCCUUUUCUAUGAAGACGGGAACAGAGCCAUCCCUCCGGGUUUAUUAUACACUGUCAGAUGUUGGUGCCAAUCAAACAGUGCUUUUUGCCAACCCUAACUUUCUGCGUAGCAUUGGAAAGUUCUGGAAAAGUAGGGGAAUCCACGCCAAGCGCCUGUCCACAGGACUCUUUCUAGUGAGCGCAGCCCUGGGCCUCUGCGAAGAGGUGACCAUCUAUGGCUUCUGGCCCUUCUCAGUGAAUAUGCAUGAGCAGCCCAUCAGCCACCACUACUACGAUAAUGUCCUACCCUUCUCUGGCUUCCAUGCCAUGCCAGAGGAAUUUCUCCAGCUCUGGUACCUGCAUAAAAUUGGUGCACUGAGAAUGCAGCUAGACCCAUGUGAGGAGCCUGCAGUCCAGUCCACUUCCUAGGGACAAAGGAAAAAGAAAGGAAUGAUCCAGGGUAUUUGUUAGGUUUUCUAUGUGACUCUGAAGGGCAACGUUCAGGUUGUUGCACGGAUCCCUAUGUGCUGCUUGGAAGGAUGAGACAAGAACAAGAAAAGCUCAAGCAGAAUUUUACUUUUAAUGUUGGCUUGGAAGACAAGAGAUGAAACGUUCUGUGAAACAUUUUGCAGCACAUGUGGAUUUGCAACUAGGAAAAGCCCGAUGACGAUGUUGGCAAAGCACAUUUGUAUGAUUCAAAUCUAGAAGAUGCAAUUCAAGAAAACAAGAUGAACUCUAGCUGUUGAGACUGAGGAGCUAGUCAAGGUAGAACUAAAAAAAAAAAAAAUAUGCCAGGGCAAAAGUGUGUUGCUGAUUGUCAACACAAAUGAGCUUAAUAAUUCAAAAAGACCUGUCUUAUUAAGACUGGUACUAGGACUAUAGGUUUUUAAAACUUAUUAUUUAUUUUUGCCCUAUUUAGGGGCAGAGGGUGGGUGAUGGGGUAGAUUUUAAAAAGCCCUUAUUGAAUAAUAAGGAUACAAAAAUUACAGUUGAUUAUUGUGAUUUGUUGAACCAAGUCUAUAUUAACUAUAGCUUCCCUCUGUUUCUAAAAUUUUAAGUAAGAAUUGCUUCUUCCUCUUCUGUCAAGUCUACUUGGAUGAUGUGAAGCAUUGUUGAAUUUAGACUGUGUCGAUUCAUUGUCUCGGUAACCUGAGCCACUUUUCCUCCUCAGCAUUAGGAUAUAAACUCAAUUUUAGGUCUGCAUUAUGGAAAUCCGUUUGCAAUUGUUACUAUUAUUUUAGUGCAAAAAGACUACAAAUGUAAGUGCGUUAUUGAUUUGUAAAUGAGCAUAAUCAUCUUCAAAAAUUUAAUGUUCAGAGAUGGAGUAAAGCACAAUGACAUAAAGCUGAGCCUCUGCAGAAGACAGACCAAAAGGGAAAUCAUUUUUCUGUGUAACAUGGCGUUCACUCCAAGAUAAAUCAUACGUGUGCAUAGAUGCAUAUAGACACGUUACACAAAGUUAAACAAAGCUCCUUCUCGUGUAACUAUGAAAGAUGAACCCACAUGACCUGGUAUAGCAAAAAUCUGUAAUCAAUGUUGGCAGCCACAGUACUUACACCCCACAUGUUAUAUAAGACAAGCCAGCUUAGUGGUUGCUGCUCAUAAUGUGCAUACCAGCAUAAGAUGCAAGGCUUACCCCCAAACGCUUAAUCCAGAAUGAGCAGAACUGUUUUAUUCAUUCUGACUCCCACCCAAAUCCGAUAAAUGGGCCUUGGGUUAAGCAUGGUCACACAAGUCAUGGUUUAUACAAGGGGUAUACAUUAGUAACUCUUUCUUUAGCCGAAGGUAGAACUACUGAGGCAGCUUAGUUCAGCAGACUUGCCACACAGAAAGAAAAUGCUAUGGACAGAUUCCAGUCUGCUAAAUAUAAGAUGUAAAGGAACUUUCCCAUCGUCUUUGUGGUCUAGGAUAUCUUAAGCUAAAAGGAGACACUCAAACUCAUAGUUUGAUCAAGUGUCAUAAAAGGUGUAGGUAAACUGUACAGAAAGUUUCUCCAAUUUUGAUGGUAGAAACUUAGUAUACUAUAGAGGUGAAUGUGAGUAUCAUUUUUUGUACUCGUAUAACGUAUGAGGUGUCAAGAUAACAAAACCCUGUUUGAGUAGGGGAUUCCUAAAUGAAUGUUGAAGUUAUGGUAGAAAUUAGCUUUUCUGAUGGUGACUGGUUAGCAUAAUACAGAUUAUACUGAUAAUUGGGAAGUUAAGUUUGAGAGUGACUUUUUGCAAACUGGGCUGCUACUUUGAUCUGAUAUAGCAGUAAAAGUAUAAUGGAGGGUACUAGGAAUGAACCGUGUUAAAUAUUUAUUCAGAAACAGCCCUCUUUUGAGUAUAAUUUCUCUAAUGAACUAUUAUUUAAUAUUUAAGAAAGGAGUACAUUUUUACCAAUAUACUUCUUCAAAGUGGAAAAGAGCUACAAAACAUAUACAUAAGUUAAUCAAAUGUCAGAUGAGCGCAUUAAAUUGUAAAAUUGUUAAAAUAUAAUCAGUGAGCUCAUAAAGCCUGUAUGUCACAGUUCCAUUAAAAAUGCUAUCUGGAAGUUUUACGCCUAAGUAUAGCUUCUGGGAUAGAUUUAUGCAGUAGAUUUAGUAGAUUUGUACAAUGUUUGUCUGUACAUUUUUAAAUUAUGCUCUGAAAUGCAAAACAGCAGUGGCCAGUAGCAGUUAUAUUUAAUUGGACCUGUAUUUCUCAACCAAGAUGAUUCCCAUUCCCUUUCUAAUGCCAUUGAAAAUAUUUGGAGACAUUUUUCACUGUCAUAACUCAAGGCUGCUACUAGCUAGAGGUAGGUUGCGUCCAUAGAUCUUGCUAAAUGGGCUACAGUGAACAGGUCAGGCCCUCACAACAAAUAAUUACCUGAUCUAAAAUGUCUGUAGUGCCAAGUUUGAGAAACCCUAGAUUAGACCAAAAUGAAAGUUUGACAUUCUACGUUAUCUUCACUUAAGUAAACGCAUACGUGCUCACGCUAUUCAAAGUAUGGCUACAGUUUAAUGAGAAUGUUUCCUUAGAGUAGAUUAUGGUUUGGUGUUACUUUAGAGUGACAAUUCAUAGUUAUGCCAUACAUAUAUAUUUUCCUGUGCUUGGUUAGAUGUAAUUUAAAAAGUCUGUGGUGUGUAUGUGUGUGUAUCUAUGUCUGUGUUUUCAUUUGUGUCUGUGAAUGUGUGUGUAGCCUGAAGUUAUGCAUCUUUCCUGACUGAAAUAUAUAUGUUCCUAAGUAGGAACUUCUUUAGCAUUAUCCUGUAGAGUACUCUGGAAUACUCUGUUAUUAUUAAGAAAUUGAAUUAUAAACUUCCAUCUGUUAAUCUUGUUUAUCUGAAAUUCGGACCCUUAAAAUUGGGUCUGAUAUUUCCCAAAUUUGUUCAAUUUCAUUUUAGUAUUCUGUCUCUUAAGAUUCAGCUCAGAAGAAUUUGGGUUAUAGUAGACACACUGAGCAAGAAACAUUUAAUCACUUUCAAUUCAUCUGCCAAAAGAGGGCCUCCUCUCUACCAGCGGACUAAUUUUUAAAAUUGCUUUGUGUGUGUGUGUGUGUGUGAGACAGAAAUUAAGUUGUUUCAUGGGGGCAAAGGAAAGGAUGGAGACAAUAGAAAUAAAUAUCCUGCUAGGACUUCUAAUUUUUAUUACCACCAAUUUGAGAACUGCAUUGAUUUUAAAGAUCGUGAACAACAACAAUCUCUGUUAAUUUUCAUCACAUCUCAGCAAAAUUAUGAUAAGUGAUGGACUAAAUCAUUUCAUAAGAAAAAAGUGACAUUUUAUAUGAAAGAGUUUUUAUAUGAAAGAGGACUUGUGGACCUUGUGCUUUAUAUAGAAUAUUUUUACCAAAAGUUUAUAUGAAAUUGUGCAUCUAAACUGCAUAAUUCUCCCAUAAGAAACUAGGAAAGUGCUCACUGGAUUUUGUCUCUAUUUGGUUCAGUUUUUAGCUAUUUUAACCCACGUAGGAAGUCAGUGAUCCAACGUGGCAGAUGUUCACACAGUACCCUUUGUUUGGCUUUGUAAUGUCUCAUGCCCCUUUUUUUGGUGAAAACUUUGUUUAGACUAAAUAUAACUUGUACCUGUAGCAAUCUGGACAUUGUGGCUUAAAAUGGAAAAUAACUGAAGAAAUCUGGGCUUCUAAAUGUGCCACAAAUGUUCUUAGAUUUGUCAGAAAGCUUUAUAAGAGUGCUGUAGAUGACUCAAAACGGAAACACUAUCAAUAACACUUCUUUUUGGUAGCUGGGGUAGUUUUGUAGCUUUAUUAUAUAGAACCUCCUAUUUAUAUAGAACCUCCUAUAGCUUCUAAUUCCUAUGUUUGAAAAUACCAACCUUGUGAAAUUUUUAGCAGGCAAAUCUUUAUUAGGAGCUUUGUUUCCCCCUCAGAAUCUAAGCGGGGGUAGGUGGGGGGAAUGAGGCCAGUCCACCGAAAACUUCAGCAGGUAUUUAUUGUGUGGUAUAAAUACUUUCCCACCAGAACCAGGUAAUGUCUACCCUUUGUUUAGAGGAUUCCAGUGAUCGAUAGCUGUGAGGCUUUUGUGGAAACUUGAGGGCAAGAAUGUUGAGGAACAAAGGCUGACAGUAAUUACUGUACUUCUUUAUUCCUUUAUCUUCCCAGUGUAGAGAUUGACUUUCCCAUAGUGUGGCUUUGGGGACAGCACAUAUCAGAGAUGAAAGUGAGUUAACAGUUGCCCCUGCAGCCUCUGUCAGCGCCUGGAGUAGGGUCCGCAGUGAAUAUAACUAGCCUUGUUGGCAGCUUGGUACCAUGGUAUGCUCAGGAGAGGGUAAGGCAAGUGGAAAGGAAGAGCUGACCCAUCCCCAGGUUGCUGCAUGCAAAGGGUCUGAGAAGUCUCUGUCCUUGCACAGGCUGAAGUCUCAGCCUUCCAGGACUAUCUGUAUGUGCCCUACCAGAGGAGCUGGCUUGAUUUGAAGGCUGAGCUACCUAUACUGACUAGAAGGGUGGUACGGAAAUUUCCCGAGAAGCUUAAAUUUUUACACUGCCUUAAACUAUUUUGCUUAAAAUUAUGCUAAGUUGGAAUCUGGUGACCCCAACCUAAUUAUAACCCUGCCAGUGAUCAUGAAAAGUGAAUUUUUUUUUUUACCUGUUUAGAAAGACUUUGUGAGUCCUUGAAACUAGGGAGGUGUAACAUACUCAGCCCGUUCCUACACGGCUUCUUUCAGAGUCCUGGAAACAGACUGGCUGGGAUUCUGAAGCUGAGAAUAUGUGUCUAUAAACUCCUAAAAUUACAAGGCCACAAUAUGUAGGUUAGGACCAUAAAACUUCUUUUUUUUAAUGCUGAAGGAGACUUGAAUCUAUAGGUGUUUUUCUUCCCAUUUUAAGAAAAUGGAGUUUCUUUGUUGCUUUUGCUGUCUUUUACCGCCGUGAACAGUUGCCCCUCUGCCAUGUGCACCCUGCCUUGAAAUGAGCCAUUGUGGACUAAAACCUUCACACACUGUGAGCUAAAUAAACCUUUUCCCCUUUAAAAAAAAAAAAAAAA